AUGAAGGAGACGGGCACAGAUGUGAAGGCAGAGAUGUCUUCAGUCCUUGCCUGUUUGCUGUUUUUCCUGGCGGGCUGCUUGGGAUGCCAGCACCACGCCUGUCACUGCAUGGGAAGGGUCUUCAUCUGUGAGGAAAGCAAGGUGGUCCAUGUUCCCCGGGACAUCCCUGCCAACAUCACCGAACUGAGAUUUGUCCUCACCAAGAUGAGAGUCAUUCCAAAAGGAGCUUUUGCAGGACUUCUUGACCUAGAGAAAAUAGAGAUCUCACAGAAUGAUGCCUUGGAGGUCAUAGAAGCAAAUGCGUUUUCCAACCUUCCCAAACUACAUGAAAUAAGAAUUGAGAAAGCCAACAACCUUGUGUACAUUGAUGCAGAUGCCUUCCAACACCUUCCAAGCCUCAGAUAUUUGUUAAUAUCAAAUACUGGCCUUCGGUUUUUACCUGCUGUCCAUAAGGUUCAGUCUUUACAGAAAGUUUUGCUAGAUAUUCAAGACAAUAUCAAUAUACGAGUAAUUGAAAGAAACUCAUUCAUGGGCCUGAGUUCUGAAAGCGUGAUUCUGCACUGGAACAGCUGUGUUCAUCUGCCUGUCAUGGUCAAAAGAGUAAUCCUUUCGGCCAGACUCUUAACCGAUUUUCAUGCUGACCUUAGUUCACCACCUCAGACCUUAGAUAAAUGGCUAAAUAAAAAUGGAAUUCGGGAAAUUGAGAAUCAUGCAUUUAACGGAACAUAUCUGGAUGAGCUAAAUCUAAGUGAUAAUCACAACCUAGAAAAAUUGCCAAAUGAGGUCUUCCAGGGAGCCAAUGGACCUGUUGUUUUGGAUAUUUCAAGCACGAAAAUCAGUUUCCUGCCAAGUCAUGGAUUAGAACUCAUUAAGAAGCUAAGAGCAAGAUCUACACACAAUUUAAAAAAGCUUCCUGAUCUAAGCAAAUUUAGAUCUUUAAUUGAAGCAAAUUUCACGUAUCCUAGCCAUUGCUGUGCAUUUACAAACUGGAAAAGACAAAACACCGAAUUACAUCCGAUAUGUAUCAUGUCUCAGGCCAAGAAAGACCUUAUGGAGCAGCCUGGUGAAAAGCUACAGAUACAAUCCGCAGCUGAAGAUUAUAUUUCAAGCUACGGCAUAGGAUUUGAUCCAGCAGAGCAUGACUUUGACUACGGUUUAUGCAAUGAAGUAGUUAACGUAGCUUGCUCACCAAAACCUGAUGCUUUCAAUCCAUGUGAAGAUAUCAUGGGAUAUAACAUUCUAAGAGUCCUGAUAUGGUUUAUCAGCAUUUUAGCUAUCACUGGGAACAUUGUUGUUCUCAUUAUUUUAAUAAGCAGCCAAUACAAGCUCACUGUACCUCGCUUCCUGAUGUGCAAUCUUGCAUUUGCAGACCUGUGCAUAGGCAUCUAUCUGUUGUUUAUUGCAUCUGUGGAUAUCCAGACCAAAAGCCAGUAUUACAACUAUGCCAUAGACUGGCAAACUGGGGCAGGAUGCAAUACUGCAGGAUUUUUCACUGUGUUUGCGAGUGAACUCUCAGUCUACACACUGACUGUGAUUACCCUGGAGAGGUGGCACACCAUCACCUAUGCCAUGCAGCUGCACCGCAAGGUUCGAUUGCGUCACGCUGUGAUUAUAAUGGUUUUUGGCUGGCUGUUUGCUUUCACAGUAGCACUUCUUCCCAUAUUUGGAGUCAGCAGCUACAUGAAGGUCAGUAUCUGUUUGCCCAUGGAUAUAGAAACACCAUUUUCUCAGGCUUAUGUUGUAUGUCUUUUAGUGUUGAAUGUGCUCGCAUUUGUGAUUAUAUGUGUGUGCUACAUCUGCAUCUACUCCACUGUGAGGAACCCCAAUGUGAUCUCUUCCAACAGUGACACCAAGAUUGCCAAGCGCAUGGCCAUACUCAUCUUCACAGACUUCCUCUGCAUGGCACCCAUAUCCUUUUUUGCAAUAUCAGCCUCACUCAAGGUUCCUCUCAUCACAGUGUCCAAAUCCAAGAUCCUUCUGGUUUUGUUUUACCCCAUCAACUCCUGUGCUAACCCUUUCCUCUACGCCAUUUUCACCAAGACUUUCCGCAGGGAUUUCUUCAUUCUGUUGAGCAAGUUUGGUUGCUGUGAAAUGCAAGCCCAGAUUUACAGAACAGAGACCUCCUCAUCUGCUCCUAAUUUCCACACAAGAAAUGGUCAUUGCCCUGCUGCGUCAAAAAACAGUGAUGGCCCCAUUUAUUCAUUGGUUCCUCUGAAUCACUUGAACUGAAUCCCUUGCAUGGAUUUGUGUCUGAGGCAGCGUGAUAAUCACUUCCAACAGUGCAUUUGAAUAGUGACUUCAGCAUAGCAUGUAAAUUUAUGUUUUAUGAGGAAAGAAAAAAUUAAUUCCACUUUGCUAUUUUUGUUCAAUGAACAACCAUCAGAGAUGGCACAUCAUCUUUAUCAGCUCUUGAAGACCAAAAUGCCAAAGUCUUCUCAUAGAAUUACCUUAAGAAAGAAAUUACAUCAUAAACCAGUAUCUCCCACCAUGUAGACAGAGAUUCCCUUCAUUCUAGGAAGAUGUUAGCUGCUUAUUGAGAAUUAAGUAGUGUUUAUAUACAAUUGAAAGAAAAAAAUAUGUAGAAAUGAUUUCUUUUCAUGUGAAGUGUGUUAUAACAAUGACAAAUAAUUAGGUUUUUUUCAUUAAUUGUACUUCCUGGGCUUGCAGGAGACAGAAGGCCUAC